CGCGCAUAGGGGAAUCAAUUAUCCUAGCGAGAAUGCAAAGUAGGGAGAAAGGGAAAAAGCAACUUUAGAGAAUGGUUCUAUACGAAAAGAGCAACUUUAGGGAGCUUCGACUGUAUAAGUUGACAUUGCAAUUUUUUCCAUAUUUGAAAUCUCAUUUGGAAGAAUUUAAUUGGAUACUACAUAAAAAAGAACGAUCAUUAUGCAAGGAAAUAUAUAAGUCAAUCGCUAAGCCUCAAGUUAUUUUACCUCCAUCGUAUCUGAUACUAAAAAGUAAUCAGUUGGAUCCAUUAGGUGAAACCAUAUCUCAAAAAAUGAAUUCUAAUAGUAAUUAUAAAAGUAAAGUUCAAUAUUUGAAUAAUAACUUUUCUGAAAAAAAGUCCUUACAACAAACGGCAAUCUGUGCAAUCAAUAAAAAAAAUAUAGAGUCGAAUCAACAAGACAGGAUUAUUAAAAAAAUUUGUGAAAAAAAUGAAAAUUACGACAAUUUUGAUAAUGAUAAUGAUGAAUUAAAAAAGUCUAAAAAUGAUUUUAUUGAUACUUUUGAAUCAUCAAAAAUUGAUUCAGUUUCAUCACAAAAUAUUUUAAUAAAUAAAAAAAUAUAUCCACGUGGACGGGAGUUUUUGUUGAGACAUUGGCAAGACUGGUUACAAAGUAUCGAUGAUGAAUUUAAAAUAAUGUCAGAAAAAGUAGAUUAUAUAUUGAAUAAUGUCUAUGAAACCACACGGAUGAUAUUGAAUAUUAAUUUUUGUGAUAAUUACUGUGGACAAGAAUUUGUAAUGCAAACGGAUGAAAAACAAAUUCCGAGUUUAUUAAUAGACUCUUUGGUAUUCGAUAGCAAUCGUAAUAAAAAAUGUAUCGGUACUCUAACUUUAAAUUUAUCUCCUCAAAGUUUAUCCAUCUCUGAAGCAAAUCUUCUACAACAGCGACAAAUUACUCUUUCCCGAGAUAAGUUGAUUAAAAAAAAAGUUAUUUGUGGAUUAGUGAUUGAGGAUGAUAAAGUAAAACAUCAAAUUGAAACAAUUUACAAGGAUCUUUUGCACAUUUCUCAAAAAAUUAAAUGCUUAUCAAAGCCAGUUAAAAAUAUUUCAUCUUGUAAUUGUACAAAAAACGAUAGCGAUUAUAGUCUAGAGAAAGUAAAGAAUUUACGAUAUUUACAGCGUCACAACAGCAAAUUAUUUAAUGAAAUCCUACAAAAUUUCCUAAAAGUUAAUGAAAAACGAGAAAAUAUCCACAACCAAACAGUUAAGCGAAUUGAUCACACAACUUGUACUCAAAGAUUUUUUAAUUGUAAAAAUUAUGUUAAAAAGAAUGAACCAGAAAAAUGUGCAAAGUGUAAUAAAUUUUUGUAUAAAUGUAAAGAAAGUCCAUUAAAACAAGUACUAAAAAAUAUUGAUGAGGAAAAGGCGCCUGGUAGAAGAGCAUUAAAAAAAGAAAAGAUUGAAAAAUAUAAAGAUGAUAUUAAGAUUUCUAUAAAUGGAAUGAAACAAUCAAAUGUUAAUGCAGAGAGAGAUCAUAUUAUUAUAUCGGGCGUAACGUUACUUACACCCAUACAAAUUUCACCUGAAUCAAGUAAAUCUUAUGUUGAUUCUAACUCUUCUUUGAAUCAACAUCAUCAUUGGUCUGAGACAAAGUUUACUCAUGAAUUUCAUCCUAUUCAUAGUAGUAAUGAGAAAAAUUUAAUCACGAAUCACAAUAUCAUUGAAAAGGAAAUUAGUGAUAAUUAUGAUAAAUUUAGCAAAGAAACAAUAGGAUUACUUAAAAAACAUGAAGAACUACUGAAUAAUAAAAAUCUAGUGAAGAAGAAUUUUGAAAUAAAAGAAACUAAUCGGCCGAUUGAUAAUUCUAAGCAUUUGAUAAAAAAAUGGUCUAGAAAACGGAAUGGCACUAGAGAAAUUGACAAGGAAAGAAAAGUGGAGAGUGCUGUAUUUAAAGGAGUUGAAGAUAAUGAUAAUAACAAUAAUGAUAAAAUUGACGAAAAAGAAAUCGAAGAUGAUAAAAAAAAAUCUACGGAUUUCAAUGAAAAUAAAUAUCAUAAAAAAUCAGUAGAAAGUACUGUAAAUUUGGCUUAUUUGAUGAAAAUAGCACUCAAAGAAAUGGCAAAUAAAAAUUUUCUUCUUGCAAAAUUACCAGCUUGUGAAAAACUUCCCCAGCUUCAAAUGUGGAUUAAAUAUCGUGAAGGAUUUAUAGUAUCUCGUAUAGAGGAAGAUGAGCUUCUUGAUGAAAUUCAAGAUAUAUGGAAUGAACAAUCUACUAAUAUUUCGAUAAAAAUUAUUGCACCGAAGAUUAAACUAAAUAAACAUCAGGACACGUUUAAUUAUUCUGAUAUAAAUAAACUCAAACGUUAUGUCAAGGAGCUCACUAUGGGGGAUGAAGAGAAGGAUCUUCUAACGGACCCGCAGCACUCAGAGGUCCCUGAAGGUACCCCCACGGACCAACACCUCUAUCUAGUGAUCAACGUCGGCGACACUCAAGUCCUCAGCGACUCAAGCGCCACCGAGACUGGGAUCCACGGCGAAGGAGACCAGUCUAAGCAAAAACUCAAGCGCACUCCCAGGAAAUCGACGAUUUCCCCAGCACUUGAGCUGAAAGUCAUCAGCCAGCACUCACGCCUCAGAGCCUCCUCAGACUGGGAAGCUCUGGCGGCUACACUCACCGUUGCCGACGGCUUAUCUCAACUCAAGUCUCGACUUGAGUUACUCGAGGGUGAAUGGCACCAGUUCAACCUCACUCACGACUCACUAGCACUCGCCUGCACCAAGGAGUUCUUGGAGAGCUCAUAUGUCAAGGAUGGAGUAUACGAUUUGGUGUAUCGGUCGUAUAUCAACGCCAAGGGCAAACUCAUCGCACUCAUCAAUUCAAUACCAGUUCCAGCUGUUGCUCCAGCUGUAAUACACUCAACCCGGUCUCCAACUCAUUUGCCAGCACUCGCAAUUCCCAAGUUCGAUGAGCGUUACGAAAACUGGCCGGAAUUCAGGGACUCAUUCACCUCAAUGGUGAUAAAUGCUCAAGAACUUGCUCCAGUUCAACGUGUUUACUCUACUGAAUACCCAUCACUCAAAGCGCUCAAUGACUUUUUAGUCAGUCGUGCUCGUGCUCAAGAACGGGUGGAACAGGCAUCAAAAUCACCACGUUCAUCUGGUAAACCAGCGUCAUACUCUGCUGCUGCUGUUUCCAACUCGCACUCAUCUGAAACUAAAGCUCCAGCCACGAACUCAUCUGCUGCACUCAAGAAGCCUCCCAAGAAGGUAUUCCCUCCUGCACAAUAUCCCUGUGAUUUGUGCAAAGGAGAUCACUUUAUCGUGAGAUGCACUCAAUUCUUGGGACUCACAAAGGCUCAACGCACUCAAGUCGUUGUGGAGAAGCGACUGUAUUCCUUGGUAAAUUCACUCAAACUUAAACGCACUCACUCAUCUACCCAGAUUAUUGGUAUUGAUGUUGCCAAUGCUGGUAGAACUAAAGGUCAAGUCGCACUCAAGCUUUCAUCUAGGCAUUCAAACGACUCAGUCAUCAUCAGUGCUCAUAUACUAGGUGGUCUUACUACUCAACUACCAUCUGUUGUACUCAACACACUCAACUGGGACCAAUACAAACAACUGCAAUUGGCAGAUCCAGCGUUCAUGAGACCAGGACCAAUUGAUAUCAUCAUUGAUGCCAAUCAUUAUGGUCUUAUCAUUAAAGAUGCACUCAUUAAAAGGUCUGAAGGCCUGCCAAUCGCUCAAGAUACCAUCUUCGGGUGGAUAUUACUGGGUCCAGUCACUCAACACACUCAUCGACCAUCUAUUACUUAUCAUGCUGCUGUCGAGCAGUCAACUCAACAACUUCAAGACCUGCUAUCACGCUUCUGGACUCAAGAAGAAAUUCCAGUCAGCAAAAUCAAGAAACUCAACCCAGAUGAGGAGGCGUGUGAUCGCAUUUUCAACAAACUCAUCGACGAGACAGUUCAGGACGAUACAUAG